UAGCCCGCGGGGGCACCGGCGGGUCGCUCGGGCUCGGCCAGUCAAGGCUGCCAUGGCGAGGCGGCUCUUCUCGGGGCUCUGCUUGGUCUGCGCCCUUUGCGUCUUCGAGGGCGCUGCAGGGACAGAAACACUGGUAAUUGGGAUAGCAGGCGGGAAUGUGACUCUGACGUGCCAGAAUGCUUCACAGCAAGCACUUGUGGUGGAGUGGUUUCAGGGGGAUCCCAACACUACCCCCAUUCUCUUCUCCUCAGAUGGCAAGCUCCCGGAUGACUCUCGCUUCUCACUCCUUGGGAACGCUUCCUUGCACAUCGCAGGGCUGCGCCUGCAAGACGAAAACAACUACACUUGCAAGGAAGUGCUGAAUGAGACAGAUCACUUGCACAGAAUCCAGUUGCUUGUGGCCAGUGGCCCUGAGAGGAACAAUGUCGAGAUCAAUCCCACCACACGGCUGCCAAAUGGCACUCUCUACGCCAAGAGACACGACAUCCUCAAUUUCACCUGCACCACCAUCUCCCGGCCUGUGCCCACAAUCAAGUGGGAUUUCAACCCGUCCGGUUCUACUCAUGAGCUAUUCACGGAAGUUAACGGCUCCCAGAACUCUUUCCUCCUGCACCACAUGUCACCCAGGUACCAAGGGAACUAUACGUGUUCAGCGAAGAACCCGCUCAGCGGCUUCCAAGUGACCCUGACCCAAGAGCUUCUGGUCUACUAUCCCCCACCAUCCUUACCCCAGUGCUGGGUUGAGACUUCCACUGAAAGUCCCAGAGGGGUGAAGUUGUUCUGCCAGUGGUUUGGAGGUUACCCACACCCUACCCUCUACUGGAGAGACAAAGAAGACCUGAGCAGCAGGGAAAUCAAUGCGACCAGCCUGGCAGACACUGUCGUGGCAACUCUGAACAGCUCACAGCUGCUUCAUGGGAAGGAGUUCACCUGCCAUGGGAGCCAUCUCUUACAACAGGAGGGGAAGGCGUCCUGCACUGUGCAGCUGGUGGACCCUGUGAUCACAUCUGACCCUGUGAGGAGCUGUUUCGUUGGGAGGGCUGUGACUCUAACCUGCCACUUGAAAGCUGGCAAUCCAUGGGCCAGGAUCACCUGGUUGCGGAACAUUUCCCAGCCAGAAACAGAGAUCCGGUCCAGUGGGAGGUUCCAAGUCCACCAAGAUGGCAACAUCUCCACCCUCAUUAUCCAGAACUGCUCCCGCAGCGCGGAUGAGGGUUACUACGUCUGCAAGGCUGAGAACUCUGUGGGUCUGAGAGAAAUGUACAUCCAUCUUACUGUGACUGAACCUGUUAACAUUGGUGGCAUUGUGGGAACUAUCGUGGUCCUUCUGCUGCUGGGAAUUCUGGUCUUCUUUGGAGUUUUCUUAUAUGCUGGUCCCCGUUUCUGCCCCAAAGGCACCCUGCUCAGGACUCGAGAUUCAAGUGACAUUCUUGUGCUGAUGGAUUCGGAAGAUGAGGAUGUGUUGGCAGAAGCCGCUGGAGACCCUGCUUGGCACAAAGCGAUGGUGCGGGCAAACGGGCAUGCCACCUGGCCUACAGAAAGCUUCCGUUCAGAGGUACCCAGUGAAAUCUCCCUGGAGGAAAAAGAAGCCGGACCCACGACGUAGAAGACUUCUCCUUUAUUUCCCCUCUUACAUGCUAGAAGCCAAAGCAUCAUCACAACAUUGCUGCAUCUGAACUUUGGGGAAGGAGGAGCGCUUUCAGCUGCCAUCUUGUCUUCUUGUCUGUCUUUGCCCAUUGUUGCUCAUCUUUUCCGUGUGUUGUCAUUCUCUCCGGUGCCUUUUCUUUCCUCCAAAUCCCUGCUGGAAUACUGAGAUGAAAACAAAAGCCCAUGAUGGAGGAAAUGUUCCUUCAUGCAAAGGAUACAAGGUUCAGUACCCUUGAAGUCAGAUAAAUACCAUGUUCGGAAUUGAGCUUCCAAAGGCCCAAAGUGCCCCAGAACAGCAGGAAGAGCUGAAUGGAUUGGUAUGGCUGGAAGCCAGUAUCCCUGUGUCCAGCCUGCCGCUGUGGCUGAACUGAUCUUCAGGAUUCUCAGAGUUUAAAAAAAAAAA